UUCGCGCUGCGCUAGGCUCACAGAUGCGAGUGCGCUGCGAUAGAAGAAAAAACAGGGUCGAAACGACAACCGAAGGGAGGACUGUGUAGUGUAAUCAUGUGUCAAGAAUCACGUGCUGCUGCUGCUGCUGCUACUGCUGCUGGCCUGCUGCUGCGCGGCGAGCGCCGUCGCCGAGGCGGGCCUCGGCGGAGAGCGCGAUUAUGCGGCCUUUUCCGCGACCCGCACAAAGAAGAGGCGCCCUCCGUCAGCCUCGACCUGCCACCGGCUCGCGUCGACCGACCCGGCCGCGUGCCACACCUCCACAGCCCAGUGCGCCAGCCCGCAGAAGUUGCCCUCCUCGAUGCCCCAUCCCGUGGGCCACGCGGCCAAAGCGGUGCCGAGAGGCGGCGGCGGCGCCGCGGUCGCCUCGAGACGCGCCGCGACGGCGUCAAAGGCGAUCCGCCUCGCGCCCGUCGCGGCCGCCUCGGCCAGCAGCGCCUCCCCGGCCAGCCGCGGGAGGUCGCCCUCCGUCUCGAACCAGCACGACGAGCGGCCGUCGGCGCACGCCUCGUCCCACGCCUUGAGCUGGCGGACAAAGGCCGCCAAGCUCUUGAGGCCGGGCGAGGGCGCGGCGGGCGACGGGGCAAGGGAGCAGCCGGGCGAGGAGAGGUAGGAGGUGCUCGCCGGCGAGCGCUCCCGCGCCUGCGAAGGGGCAAGGCCUGAGGGCGGGCGGGCGGUCGGGCGGGCGGGCGCGGGUGGGGGGGAUAAACGCUGCGCCGCCAAAGGAACCAGCGACACUGGCCGCGGCUCGUCGCCACGCGCCGGCUCGGAAGAGGGGCUGUCGGCCGCUCCCGGAGCCGGCCGGUGCGCGCCUGACCCACGCCCCCUCUCGCACCCCUCCGACCCCCCCUGCGCGGCGCACCCGUCCGCUGUGCGCCGGCUCGAGCGCCAGAAUGUGGCCGCAGGAAGAGCCUCCGGCGGGCCUCCGGCGGACGCCUGGCGGCGUGGCGCUGCGCGCCGGCCUGCGGCCCAAAGCCCGAACGAGCGGUCAAGUUAACUUGACGCGC